AUGCGGAAAAUGAAUAUGAUAGUCGCUAUGGAUACAGAAGGAGGAAUCGGUAAAAACGGAGUUCUACCAUGGAGAAUCAGAAAAGAUAUGCAGUACUUUGCAGCUGUCACUAAAAAAGUAUCAGACCCGGCAAAGAGGAAUGCAGUACUGAUGGGCCGGAAAUGCUGGGAAAGCAUUCCAGAAUCCCGUCGUCCUCUUCCUGGUCGCUUGAACAUAGUUCUCAGUCGCCAGCUUGAAAAACAAAACACCGAUAACUUGAUUGUAGUAAAUUCGCUUGAAUCUGCUUUGAAACUUCUCUCAGAAGCACCCUUCGUUGAUUCUAUUGAAACUAUUUGGAAUAUCGGAGGAGCUGAAAUCUAUGAUCUUGCGCUUCGGGAAAAUUUAGUCGACGAGAUCCAUUUGACACGAAUUCACAAAAAUUUCGAGGCUGAUGUUCACCUCAAAUCGCUUGAUUUCAACAAACUGAAGAAGAUUAUCGAUGCUGAAGCGUCUUCGGAAAACUCGGAACUUUUUGAAGAGAAUGGCCUACAAUUCGAGAUUGGGAAAUGGAAAAUCAUUGAACACUGCUAA